AUGCUACACAACCGCUCCAUUGCCCUGGCGAUCUUGCCACUCCUCCUCUUGCUGAUUGCGCGGCAGCCUGUAUCCUCCAGCCAGCAGAUCCAGACUCUUUUCGCCUCGCGAUUGCCCGUCCCGCUGCGCGAUGUUUUGCUCGCCAAUCGGCCUCGCGUCACCCUGGUCCAGGGCACCGUCGUCGGCACCAUCUUGACCGAUACACUCAAGAACCCGGUCGACGCGUUUCGAGGGAUCCCGUACGCUCUUCCCCCUACUGGGGAUCGACGCUUCCGCCGUGCUGUUGCUGUCAAUGCGUCCGACGAUAUCAUCGACGUCAGUGAAUUCGGCCCACGAUGCCCGGGAAAACAACUUCUCAAUCCGAAAGACACCGGCGGGAAUGAGGACUGCCUGACUGUCAACAUCUUCCGACCCCAUGGUGUCGAAGGGAAACUGCCCGUGGCCGUGUACGUCCAUGGGGGAGCCUACAACCGAGGCACCGCCUCAAUGCACAACACGGCCUCCAUGGUUGGCUGGUCCGAUGAGCCGUUCAUCGCCGUCAGCUUUAACUACCGUAUCGGCGCCCUCGGGUUCCUCCCAUCAACCCUGUCUGCCGAAGAAGGCAUCCUCAACCUGGGCCUGCACGACCAGCUCCUCCUUUUCCAAUGGGUCCAAGACAACAUUCCUUAUUUCAAUGGCGAUCCGUCGAAGGUCACCCUAAUCGGCCUCUCAGCAGGGGCGCACUCUAUAGCCCACCACAUCACCACCCCAGGAAACCCUCUUUUCCACCGCGCCAUCAUUGAAUCCGGCUCCGCCACCUCCCGCGCCCUGCACCCCUACAACGCCCCCAUCCACGAAUCGCAAUUCCAGGACUUCCUCGCCCUAACAAACUGCAUCUCUCUUCCCUCUUCAGCAACAUUCCAGUGCCUCCGCUCCCUCCCCGCCUCCACAAUAAUCACUGCUUCGACCAAAGUCUUCGACAAAUACAAUCCCUCCGUCCGCUGGGCCUUCCAACCCGUCAUCGACCACGAGCUCAUCACCCGGCCCCCGAUCGAUGCGUGGCACGCGGGGGCGUGGAACAAAAUGCCCAUCCUGACGGGAUUCAAUUCCAAUGAAGGCACGUACUACGUCCCUCGCGACAUGAAUUCGUCGGCGGAGUUCAGAGCGUUUUUCAGGACGCUUCUGCCGGCGUACUCGGAGGAGGAUAUCGCUACUAUUGAGGGGCUGUAUCCCGAUCCCCAGCAGAAUCGCGAUUCGGAGUAUCUCGAGACGAGGGAGUUAGAUGUGGGGAGGCAGUUCAAGAGAGUCGAGGCCGCGUAUGGGCAUUACGCGUAUGUUUGCCCGGUGAGACGGACUGCGCUGUUUGCUUCUGGAUCAGGAUCCGUGUCUGGACUUGGAUCCGAGCAACCGGUUUGGCUCUAUCACUGGUCCCUCAACAAAACCGUCCUCGGCGGCGCAAACCACGGCGACCAGAUGGAAUACGAGACGUUUAACCCCUCCGUGCGAGAAUUCUCAGAUACUCAGGAGGAAUUGGCCGGUGUGUUUCAUGCAUAUGUCACUUCGUUUGUGGUGUUUGGGGAUCCGAACGUGUUGCGGGGGAGGUGGGGGGGACGGCCGAGGUGGGAGGGGUAUGGGGAGGGGAAUAAGCAGGGGGAUGGGUAUGGGGAAGCGAGGAAUCAUAACGGACAAGGAAGGCUGAUGGUAUUCGGGGAGGGGAAUGAUGAGCGGGCUGGGGGCGACAGUGUCGGGGUGGUGGCGGCGAUGACGGAUGAUGUGUGGGCGAGGGAGGAGUGUGGAUUCUGGGGGGAGAGGAGUGGGGUUUCGGAUUGA